AUGCAACACCAGCACAAUGGUUUCAAAAUUCGUGUUUUAUCAGCUAAUGCAUUUGAAAAAUAUCCUAUGGAUUUUACAUCUGUUCUUUAUUAUCUAAAUGAUCAACUACGUGUUGUAAAAACAUAUGAUCUAUAUCUAUUACAUGAAAUAAUAGCCAAAGUGAGUGGUGUUGAAGUAUCAUCCACAGUUACCUCUGGUGAUCAAUUAUUAUAUACAAUGGGACAUUUUUUUACAUUUUUAUCAAAUGUAUUGACAACAAAAAACUUUCAUCAUAAAUUUCGUUCAAUUGUUGAUCUUGUACUUGGUUUUCAUUCACAAGUUGAUGCAAUUUUUCAAAUAUCUCAACCAUUAUUUAAUCUUAAUAUUCAAACAAAGUUUGAUGAACUUCAAUCAGCAACAUCAAAAUCAUCAAAUGAGAGUGCAUUACGUUUGUUGUCACCUGUACUUGAUUUCGUUAAAACUCUUCAUCCGCAACGAAUAUGGAAGGGAAUGACAUCAAUAUUUAAUUUAACAUUUUGGUCGCUAUCAAUGUGUGAUUUACAAGUACCAGAAGUUGCAUAUAAGCGACUUAUUGAAGAACUUGAACAUGAAACGAUACGAAUCGAUGAACGAUAA